AGGUAUUGGGGGAAGGGGGAGGGAUCAACUAAAAAGGAAUGGAAAUGGUUUAAAGUUUAUAUUUUAGUUUUUGCUAUUUAUGUAGUGUUCAACUUGUGAGUUAUUUACCAGCUGUAAAGCUUCUCCAGUCUAAAAAUAUCUGAAAACUAAACUUGGAUUAACUCUUGAUAUAAACAGUAAAUCGAAAGUGCAACUUGUAAUGUUGUUUUUAGAUUUUAUUCUCAAAAGCAUUUUUUUCCAGCCACCCACAUUUUAAAAAAUUGUAUUACUUUUAGUUAGAGCUAAAAGGGCUCAACUAGGACUUGAUGUUAAUGACCAGUAUGUGGAGUCUGAUUCACUUUUCCAGAAUUGACUUUUUGGGUUGUAUUGGCAAAUCACAGUCCUAAAUGAUGAAUGUUGAAUGAUGCACUAUGUUUUUGUUUAAAUGAAAUUCCUUGAAAAUAAUUAAUUUCAGAAUUAAGAGAAAGUUGAUGUUGCUAUCAGGAGGCAUCAUAAAAAUAUGUAUUUUAUAAGCUCAAAGGCAUUUCAAAUAGAUACAGUUCUUGAUGAAGCAGAAGAAAGAACAUGAACCUGGGAUUUGGAAGACCAGGCUUCUAGCUGCUGCUAACCAACUCUGUGACUCUGAGAAAGGAGGCCUCAGUUCUUACUUUAUAACAUGAGGACACUGAACUACUUGAAUUCAGAUCUCAGAAAGUUGGAAUGGUUCUUAAAGCCCCCUAACAAAGAGUUGGGGAAUGUUGUCCUUUGCUGUCACUUUUUCUCCAAAAAUAACCUGGCUUGGAAGUUACUGGUCCAAAGGGAAUUUGAUUCCCCGUAGAAACUGGAGAAAAGGUAAUGCAAGGAGAGAGAGACAGCUGUAUUUCUGCUUGAAUAAUAAACCGACUAAUAGAUUUUCAUACAAAUAUUGGAGACAUAAAGAGAAUGAGUGUAUGUGCCUUAAGUGUACCAGUUUCCUCACUCUCUGCUGGCAGAAGAUGCAGCACUUUUAGUGGUGCUGGGAUUCUGGGAUGUGUUCCUAUUAAUUCUAAUACAGAUGAAGAAGAUGUGGUAGAGGGAAAGAUGGUAGCAGAAGGACUGGAUAAAGAGGCAAAAUUGCCUGCUAAAAAGAAAAGAAAGAAGGGUUUGCGAGUUAAGGGGAAAAGACGUCGAAAAAAAUUGAUCCUAGCCAAAAAGUUUAGUAAGGAUUUGGGAUCUGGAAGGCCUGUUUCAGAUGCUUCUGCUUUGUUAGCAUCCAGUACCCCUGAGCAGGAUGAAGAAAGUCUUUUUGAGAGCAAUAUAGAAAAACAAAUCUAUCUACCUAGUACCAGGGCCAAGACUUCCAUUGUAUGGCACUUCUUUCAUGUUGACCCCCAGUAUACCUGGCGAGCUAUUUGUAAUCUCUGUGAAAAAAGUGUCAGCAGGGGUAAACCAGGCAGUCAUCUUGGUACUUCCACUCUUCAGCGACAUCUGCAAGCAAGGCAUUCUCCUCACUGGACCAGGGCCAACAAGUUUGGAGUCACUAGUGGGGAAGAGGAUUUUACCUUGGAUGUAUCUUUAUCUCCCUCUUCUCCUGGAAGCAGUGGAAGCUUUGAAUAUAUUCCUACUGAUCCAUUAGAUAAUAGAAUGGGCAAGAAACGUGAUAAAUCAUCAUCAGUUGCCCUACGGGCAGAAAGAGGGAGAUUUCUCAUCAAAAGUAACAUUGUCAAGCAUGCCUUAAUCCCUGGAACCAGAGCCAAGACAUCUGCAGUUUGGAAUUUUUUUUACACAGAUCCUCAGCACAUCUCAAGAGCGGUGUGUAACAUAUGUAAAAGAAGUGUGAGCCGGGGUAGGCCAGGUUCCCAUUUAGGGACUUCAACACUUCAACGACACCUGCAGGCCACCCAUCCCAUCCACUGGGCUGUUGCCAACAAAGACAAUGGUGCUAUUGGAAAUGGUUUAGAUGAAGCUGAGACUGAGAGAAAUGAUCUCCUAAAUGAUACAUUGCAUGGACAAAAGUCUACAGGCAGCCAAGAUUUAACAGCUGAGGACCUUGGUGACUCUGAUUCAGAUGAACCUCCUGUGUUAGAGAUUGAAAAUAGAUCUGAAAGUUCUAUUCCUAUUGCAGAGCAAGACUCUGUGAUACAUGCACAGGAGAGAGAAACAGCAUAUUGUGAAAAUCCAGCCUCGAGUCAAAUAAGUCAAGCAAUUAUUCAAAUGAUUGUGGAGGAUAUGCAUCCUUACAACUACUUCUCAACCCCAGCCUUUCAAAGGUUCAUGCAGAUUGUGGCACCUGACUACAGGUUGCCAUCAGAGACUUACUUUUUCACUAAGGCUGUCCCUCAGUUAUAUGAUUGUGUCAGAGAAAAAAUUUUCUUAACUUUAGAGAAUGUUCAAAGCCAAAAGAUUCACCUAACUGUUGACAUUUGGACCCAUGACCCAUCCACUGACUAUUUUAUUGUGACUGUACAUUGGGUCUCUUUGGAAACUGUACCUGUUUCCCAUAAUGGGAGGAUCCCCAACUUUAGAAAGUGGGCAGUGCUUUGUGUUACAGGUUUGGCCAAAGACUGUUUGAUAACCAACAUUUCACAAGAAUUAAAUGACCAGAUUGGUCUGUGGCUUUCUCCUAAUUUUCUUAUUCCUAGCUUCAUUGUUUCUGACAGUUCCUCCAGUGUGGUACAUGCAAUCAAAGAUGGUGGUUUUACCCAUGUGCCAUGCUUCCUGCAUUGUUUAAAUAUAGUCAUUCAGGACUUCUUCUAUGAGCACAAAAGCAUUGAGAAUAUGUUAGUGGCUGCUAGGAAAACCUGUCAUCAUUUUAGUCAUUCAGUAAAGGCUCGUCAGAUACUGCAAGAAUUCCAAAAUGAUCACCAACUUCCAUGGAAGAAUUUGAAGCAGGAUGAAACUGGACAUUGGAUUUCUACCUUUUAUAUGUUAAAAUGGCUUUUGGAGCAUUGCUAUUCAGUUCACCAUAGUCUUGGUAGAGCCAGUGGAGUUGUGCUCACUUCCCUUCAGUGGACUCUGAUGACUUAUGUUUGUGAUAUUCUCAAGCCAUUUGAAGAAGCCACCCAGAAAGUGAGUGUGAAGACCACAGGAUUGAAUCAAGUACUACCCUUAAUCCAUCAUCUACUCAUUUCUUUGCAGAAACUCAGAGAAGAUUUUCAAGUCAGAGGAAUUACUCAGGCCCUCAAUCUAGUGGAUAGUUUAUCUCUGAAACUUGAAACAGAUGCCCUACUAAGUGCCAUGCUCAAAUCCAAGCCCUGUAUUUUGGCUACUUUGUUAGAUCCUUGCUUUAAAAAUAGUUUGGAAGUCUUUUUUCCUCAAAGUGCUGAUUUAGAGACUUAUAAGCACAUCCUUGCAGAAGAGGUUUGUAAUUAUAUGGAAUCAUCACCAGAGGUCUGUCACAUUGUGACUUCAGAACCUUCGGGUCCCUCAGUUACUGUAGGAGCUAAUUCAUUGACCUUAUCUAUAAAAGAAGGCACCUCCAAUUCAGGAUCCAUUGAUAGGUCAGCUGCAGACAGCAUUGCCAUUGGAAGCAAAAGUUUCAUGUUCCCUUCUGCUAUAGCAAUUGUGGAUGAGUACUUCAAAGAGAAGCAUUCAGAAUUCUCAGGAGGUGAUGACCCUUUGAUUUACUGGCAGAGGAAGAUGAGCAUUUGGCCGGCUUUGACCCAGGUUGCUAUUCAUUAUCUAAGUUGCCCCAUGUGUAGUUGGCAAUCUGAAUGUAUCUUUACUACGAAUAGCCACUUUCAUCCAAAACAGAUCAUGAGCCUGGACUUUGACAAUAUAGAACAGUUGAUGUUUCUGAAAAUGAACUUGAAAAACGUUAACUAUGAUUAUUCCACGUUGGUUCUGAGCUGGGAUACUGAGAAUGAAGUUGUUCAAAGCAAUGGAAAAAAAAUAUCACCUUAAUUUAUUUUUCCUUUAUCCAUUUAAAAGGGGCAACUUAACUGCUGUUACUGUAUCCUAAUUGCUGUAGUUGUCGCAUACAGUCAUGCUAAUUAUUCCUUAAAAACAUUUGGGGAAACCUGAAAACAAAAAGGGCUGAAAAUUCCUCAGAGGCAAUACAAUUUUGACAAAAUGAAGAUUAACUUUAAAAAUUUCACAGUUUUAAUUCAGUGUAACUAGCACCUGAAAAAUUUGUUUAUUCUAAUCAGAGGGAACAGAUGUUAAUUUUUAAAAAUAUAGUGCAGAAUUGAAAGGCUUUUGCUAAAUCUGUUCAGUAGCUUGAACUAGUAAUUGGUUUUAAGUAAAUUUCUCCCAAUGUGGGAAGUUUAAUUGUUCUGAUACCAGUGAAAUGAGAAAAAAGUAUACUAAGCUGGCAUUCCUUCUCUCCCUCCCCAGUUUUUCUAUUUCUUCAAAAAUCCUGAUGCUUAUUUACAACUUGGGAAAAAGAAAACCCAUAAAAUUGUUUUAUAUUUGAAAAUUUAUAACUGCCUCCUCAUACUGGUCAGCUUUAUAAUCUCAAAUUAUUGAGUAUGAUAGAUUUACCCUUCAUUUUUAGGACUGGAUCUUAUAUAAAAGGGAAACAUUAGAAAAAAUAAUCAGAAAAUUUACUUCUAGACUUUGAAAAAGAUUGACUGGAAAUUGUAAAGAAAGCCCUAUGAAGUUGGAGGUUGCUAUGAACUAUGAUGCCAUGGCACUCCACCCAGGGCCACAGCUUGAGACUCUGUCUCAAAAAAAAAAAAAAAAAAAAAAAAGCCCUAUGAGCGUACUUUGACAAACCCAGUAUGCAUUUCCCAAAGGAAAUUUUUCUAUUUUAGGUAGUCUUUUUAAAAAUAUACCUGAUGACCCAUAAUAUCGUAUUCUUAACUAUGAGGUUGUUUUGGCCAGUGAUUUCUUAAUGAAAAAUAAGCAGUCAGUAUUUUCAUGUAUUAGGAAUCAUUGGUGAAAUGAGUGAAUUAAUCUCAGUAUCUUUAAGGUCCCUUUCCACUCUGAAAGUAUGUUUCUGUGAUUGAGUGGGAGGCCAGAAAAUGAUGAUUUAGUAAAAGUCUAUUAAAAGUUUCAGACUGAAUAACUAAUGUAAGAUCCCAAUUUUUCCUUUUUUUCAUUUUAGAUUUGGGGAUAUUCCCUGCCCAAAAAAUUCCUGGAAAAUUGACUAGUAUUAAGUGUGAGUAAAAGGUGAAGAAAUCUUGAAGACCAGAAAUUGGAUCUUACUGAAUUUUGAUUUUUCUUUUUCUUUUUCUUUUUCUUUUUUUUUUAAAUUAUAUUGUUCGGCUAUGGAAGAUGGAUCUUUUUUUUUUUUUUUUU